CAGUUUCCCAUCCUAUCAAUGGUUAGAGAAAAUGGCUCACUUGUAACUGAGUUUAUCCUCAUAGGACUGACAGACCAGCCAGACCUCCAGCUGCCACUCUUCCUCCUAUUCCUGUGCAUCUAUGUGGUCUCUGUGGUUGGAAAUCUGGGCAUGAUCAUAUUAAUUAGACUCAGUUCUCACCUUCAUACCCCCAUGUACUAUUUCCUCUGCAGUUUGUCCUUCAUUGAUGUCUGUCAGUCAACUAUCAUCACUCCUAAAAUGCUGGUCAACUUCAUGUGGAAGAAGAAUACCAUCACCUACUCUGAGUGCAUGACUCAAUUCUAUUUUUUUGUCAUUUUUGUAAUUUGUGAAUGUCAGAUGUUGGCUGUGAUGGCUUAUGACCGCUAUGUUGCUAUAUGUCAUCCCCUUCUUUAUAGUCUUAUCAUGUCCUAUCAGAUGUGUUCAUGGCUGGUGGGUGGGGUGUAUGCAUUUGGCUUGGUAGGGGCCACAGCUCACACAGGUUGCUUGCUUAGAGUGUUCUUCUGUAAGGAAAAUGUCAUUAAUCAUUACUUCUGUGAUCUCCUUCCACUCUUGAAGCUCUCUUGUUCUAGCACCUAUGUCAAUGAAAUGGUGUCUCUGGCAUUCAGUACAUUUAAUAUCCUUUUCCCAACACUGGCUAUUAUUUGUUCUUAUGUUUUCAUCAUUGCCAGCAUUUUACAAAUUCAGUCCACUGAAGGAAGAUCCAAAGUCUUCAGUACCUGUAGCUCUCAUAUUACAGCAGUUGGUGUCUUCUUUGGCUCUGCUGCAUUCAUGUACCUGCAGCCAUCUUCAAUGAGUUCCAUGGAUCAGGCAAAAGUGUCUUCUGUCUUUUACACUAUCAUUGUGCCCAUGCUAAACCCCCUCAUCUACAGUCUAAGAAAUAAAGAUGUCAAAAUUGCCUUGAAAAAAGUUACAGACAGAAUAACAUUCUGA